AUGGAAAAUGGGAGAGCUCAUACCUUAACAGUCUUGUUCAUCCUUACAUGUGCGCUGGGCUACGUAACCUUGCUUGAAGAAACACCACAAGAUACAGCCUACAAUACGAAGAGAGGCAUUGUUGCCAGUAUUUUGGUUUUCUUAUGUUUUGGAGUUACACAAGCUAAAGAUGGACCAUUUUCAAGACCUCAUCCAGCUUACUGGAGGUUUUGGCUGUGUGUCAGCGUUGUGUAUGAGCUCUUCCUCAUCUUUAUACUCUUUCAGACUGUACAGGAUGGCAGACAGUUUAUGAAGUACAUUGAUCCACACUUAGGUGUUCCUUUGCCAGAAAGAGACUACGGUGGCAACUGCCUUAUUUAUGAUCCUGGCAAUGCAACUGAUCCAUUUCACAACGUCUGGGACAAACUGGAUGGAUUUGUUCCUGCUCACUUUUUUGGCUGGUACCUGAAAACAUUGAUGAUUCGAGACUGGUGGAUGUGUAUGAUCAUCAGUGUAAUGUUUGAGUUUCUGGAGUACAGUCUGGAACACCAGCUUCCAAACUUCAGUGAAUGUUGGUGGGAUCAUUGGAUAAUGGAUGUCAUCUUAUGUAAUGGAUUAGGAAUUUACUGUGGGAUGAAGACUCUGUCUUGGCUUUCUUUGAAAACAUACAAAUGGCAAGGACUUUGGAACAUUCCUACAUACAAAGGUAAAAUGAAGAGAAUUGUCUUCCAGUUCACCCCGUAUAGCUGGGUCAAGUUUGAGUGGAAGCCAGCAUCCAGCUUACGCAGAUGGCUAGCAGUUUGUGGCAUAAUUUUCGUAUUUUUAUUGGCAGAGCUGAACACAUUUUACUUGAAGUUUGUCCUUUGGAUGCCACCAGAACACUACUUGGUCCUGUUACGACUUGUCUUUUUUGUCAAUGUGGGAGGUGUGGCUAUGAGGGAGAUCUACGACUUCAUGGACGACCCGAAGUUCCAUAAGAAAUUGGGUCAGCAGGCGUGGCUGGUUGCUGCUAUUACUGCCACGGAGUUUCUGAUUGUCGUGAAGUAUGAUCCCUACACACUGACGCUUUCUCUUCCUUUCUACAUUACCCAGUGCUGGAUCUUGGGGAUUAUACUUGUGCUCACCUGGACAGCCUGGCGUUUCUUCAUUCGUGACAUCACUUUGCGAUAUAAGGAGAUAAGGCGACAGAAGCAAGAGCACAAAUAUGAAAAGGACAAAUGCUUGAGCAAUGGUGAUGGACACUCAUCAAUACUGGAUGAACAAAAUGGGAACAAACUAAGGGAGAGGAAACUUUGAGCAACAGGCAAAGGGGGAAAAGGAACUCGUAAUGCUCAAGUUGGCCUGGUGGACAGUUUCAACCUUAUCCUACCUAACUUGUAAUUUUCUUUGUUAGCUUUCCAAAGUGUGAAAAUCCUCUCGGGGAAAAGAUGUCACUUUGACGUACACACCCUUUCUCCUCGUGCACACCUAGUCAGAGUCGGAGAAAGUCUGUGUUAGAGGGAAGUCAGAACCAACACCAUUACAACGAGAUGGGAUCUUCAUUUGGGUAUGUUGUGUGUCUUCCAUGAAAACAAGGUUUGGAGACAAGGGGCUUUAAAACAAAGCGCAAAGGGAAUUUAGCUAAUCUAUUUCCAGUAAACUGUGAGAU